GAGAGAGAGAGAGAGAGAGAUGGAUGUAAAGCUUGCAGUUUGUUCUAUCCUGCUACUGAUACUACUGGUAUUAUCACGUAACACAAACGGCUCGAACGAAAUCUCGAACAAACCCAUUCGCAUCGAGCAAGUAGUCCAAUCACAUUCAUCCUCCCAUCAUCAUCACCACCACCACAUGAUGGAUCCAUCAACCAUAGUCUUCUUCUUCCUCGAUGACCUCACGCAAGGCAACACGAUGCCUGUCUACUUUCCGAAUCGAGAAUUAUCCGAAGCAACAAAUCAUUUACUUUCGAAAACCGAGGCUGAUUCAAUUCCCUUCUCGUCCGAAAAAUUUCAUUACUUGCUUGAAUACUUCUCUUUACCCGAAAACUCCCCACAAGCAAUGGCUAUGGAGGACACGUUAAGGGAAUGCGAGACGAGUCCCAUCGAAGGCGAGACGAAACUCUGCGCGACUUCAUUUGAAUCCAUGCUCGAUUUUGCGAAAUCGAUGAUUGGCUCGGGAGAUGAGAUUCGAAUUCUAUCCACAAAUCAUGUAAAGCGUUCAGAUAAUAGCGUUCUUCUGCAAAGGUACACGAUAAGGGAGAUACGGGAGAUUAAAGCUCCAAAAAUGGUGGCGUGUCACACGAUGCCUUACCCUUACGCCGUUUUUUACUGCCAUUACCAAGAGAGUGAAAACAGAAUUUACCGGGUUUCGCUUGAAGGGGAGAAUGGAGAUGAGGUGAAUGCAGUUGCAGUAUGCCACAUGAACACUUCCCAUUGGAGCCGUAAUCAUGUGUCGUUUAAAGUGCUCGGAGCAGAGCCAGGGUCGUCGCCCAUUUGCCAUUUCUUUCCGGCGGAUAAUUUUGUUUUGGUUCCCGCGAAUAGUUUAAAGGAGUAAAAAUGUGUGGUUUUAUAUAAUAAUCUGCAGUAAAAAAAUUCCAUGUAUGGAUAAAUAAAUAAAUAGGCGUGUAACCGUGUAUUAUUUCUGGAAAAUGUAGCAAACUUGUUUUGUGUUUGUGUCCACUGCAAUCAUGAGUUGUGCUCUGGGAGUAAACCUUGAACUCAUAAAUAAAACUACACCAAAGCACAAGUCACAGACAAUUUUUCGAGAUUUCCGAAUCUGCUAUGAAUCAAUCGAACGUAAUUUUUCCUGGCGAUUACCUUCAUUUUCCUGCAAUCACAACUUUUCAGAUUUUCAGAAUCAGAUGAACGUAUUUCGGGAAAAACGAUUGGUCAACCAAGUGAAUCAGAAUGGAAAGACAGUGACGAUCUGAUAGAAGUAUUUUUCUACUGUUUUAUUUCAGUAUACAAUAUGGAUCACUGAUCAGCAAUCAUGCUAAAACAGGUUCAGCUUUUCCUGAGACCAGUGAAAAAUUUCCAUUGGUUAACCAAUCUGAAGGCGCAUAGACAAUGAUAAAAUUAGCUUGUUUCCAUUAUUAAAUGCAAUGCAUAUCAAUAGCAUUGAUAAA